UAUCGCUUUGGCCAUUUCUUCCUAAUCCUCCCCCGCUGGAACGAUGGCUCUGAGACUGAUCCUCCCGCCACAAAAUCUCGCGCUAAGCUUUUUCAAUUCUCCAAAUGCCCUCCUGAGACGUCGCUCCCUCCUCCACUGCUCCUCCUCCGCCAGCUCAUCUCUCUCUGAAACCCUAGGCCUGGAUUUCAAGUACGGCCCCUCUCUUAGCAAAGGCAGCGAAUUGCCGUUGGAGAUGUUUGUUGUCGAAGACGAAGAGGAAGAAGACGGUGGAGGAGGAGGCGUCAUAGACAAACGCCGGUUUGCCCGGGUCUUCGACGUCGCGGCUUUGAGGGUGCCCGCGGAGGAUUGCUACGCUCUGGAGAGCCGCCUCAGAGGUCACCUUCUCAAUUGGCCGCGGGUCCGUAACGUCGCUAGGGUUCCUGGAGAUGAGAUGGAUGAUGCUUUUCGGAAGCUCCUCUGGGAUGGGAAGGUCGAAGGUGAGGAAGCUCUGAGUCGGAGAAUGGGAGAGGAGUCGGAGGCAGCAGGGUUGAGUCCCAUCCUGUACAGGGAGAAGCUGGUGAAAACGUUCAAUUGCCGGGGUUUCUUGAACUUCCGGCACCUAGCCAAGAUUUCGAGGCCGAAGGCAAAGCGGAAGAAGGAGGUGAGGAGGGAGGGGAAGGGAAAGAACGGAUUCCUUGCGGUUGAAGUUGCGGAGAAUGAAGGAGAUGACGAGGAUUUGAGCGGGUUGCUUGGGGAGGAUUACAGGAUGGGAAACUGGAGAGGCUCGACAAGGCUGCUACUUUUGGAUGAGCGAUAUGCAAAUAAGGGCGUUGAUGAACUCCCUCAGGCCGUCAAGAUGGUUCUCCAUAAAGGGGGUGAGCACAAGAAGAAGGUGGUUUCAUCUGAGCUAGUCAAAUGCAAGCUCACUUUAUUUUAUGAUUACUGGCCAGCAAAUGAGGUCUUGGAGUAUUUGCUUCCUGAGAAUGUCAUAACGCCUACAAGCUUUGAGACUGUUGGUCAUAUAGCACAUUUGAACUUGAGGGAUGAGCAUCUUCCUUAUAAAAAGCUUAUUGCUGAGAUCAUAUUAGAUAAGAACAAGCCAAGGAUAAGGACUGUUGUUAACAAGACUGACUCCAUUCAAAAUGAUUACAGAACAAUGCAGCUUGAGGUUCUAGCUGGCAAUCAUUCUCUUGUAACCUCUGUUAUUGAGAGUGGAAUUUGUUUUCAUGUUGAUUUAGCUACAGUGUACUGGAAUUCACGUCUAUCAACUGAAAGGCAAAGGCUCCUCACCAGCUUUUCUAGCAGUGAUGUUCUCUGUGAUGUUUUCUCUGGAGUUGGUCCAAUAGCCAUCUCGGCAGCUAAGAAAGUAAACUAUGUCUAUGCUAAUGACCUUAAUCCAACAGCUGUGGAGUACUUGGAGAGAAACCUUGUUCACAAUAAGUUGGAGAGGAAAGUUGAGGUAUUUAACAUGGAUGGGCGGAGGUUCAUUGAGACUGUGUUUGCUCUUAGAAGGCCGGAGCGCAUUACACAAGUGGUCAUGAAUUUGCCAAAAGAUGCUGUGCAGUAUCUUGAUGUGUUCAGAGGCAUAUUCAAAAGAAGAUCUCAAGACAUGGACCUGUUAUUGCCAAAAAUUCAUGUUUAUGGUUUUUCUAAGGCUUCUGAUCCAGAGUUUGACUUUCAUGAGAGAAUAAGGACCGUGCUUUGUGAUGGAGCAAUAAAAAUAGAUAUGCACCGAGUUCGGCUUGUUGCUCCUGGAAAAUGGAUGCUAUGUGCAUCAUUCGUUCUUCCAAAGAGUGUUGCUUAUGCCAAAGACAAGGAACUUUUGCUAUCAUAGCUCGUCAUGAUGGCAACUGUGGCAGAAAGCCAAUUUCACGGAAUCGGGAGUACUUCGUGCGCCAUUUUCAUCUCUUACCUCGAACGGUUAAUAUACAAACCAAAGGUGUUCGGUGGGUGGUUGAUGUGCAGAGGCAUGUAAACAGGUACUUCCGCUAAAAGUGCAUUUGCUUGUGAAUACUGUCCAUGCGCAUUAAACAUGAAUCUGGUUUCCUGGAAAUGAUAGUGCACUAAGGGGCCAUUCGGCACUAGGAACACCGUGUGAAUGUUCAUUGAAUCUUUCCUAAAUUUGAAGUAGAUUAAUGAAACAUGUACAAAUGUUGUAUGAAUCUACCCUAAUUUUGAGGCAAUUCAUGUGACACUAAUAUGUUUUUUUUAAUGCCAAAUGGCUCUUUAAGGUGCACUUGGUUCUGUCAAACAAAGGAGAAGAUCUUUUUUUUUUUCGGUGUUCUGCAGACAAUCAAGAUCAGCAAAGCUGAUCUUCAGCCUGGUGCCAUCAGACUGCAGUUGAGAAUGCAUCAGAAUGGCCGAUAUGAAGAUCGAUGAAAUAUUUUGAGUCACGGUUGACGUAAAAGACUGAAUUGAUAAAGGUGGAGGCAUCAGGUGACUGAACGUCUUCAGUUUGUGGUCAACUUCUACGGCUUAGGGCAAACAUGCCUUCUUAGCUUUACUGUAAUGUCUAUUUUGCAUAGUUUGUUACUAAAGAACACCAAGUAAUCAAAACUAAAUAAAUAUAUUAUGUUGAAA